CUCACCCAGGUGAGCGUGAGGCGCCAGCAGAUCUCCCAGAUUGUGGAGGACGUGCAGAGGGUCGUCCACCAGCUGACCACAGAAAUCAGCCACCAAGACAUUCGAUUCCAGGCCGUCCCUUACUCUGACACGUACAAUGGGAACAUUAAGGUUUUGUCCCCCAGCCAGUUCCUGGUCACCGUCCCGGUGAGGGGCCUGGCCGGGUACAGGGAGGCGAGGGAGCGACGCUGGCGAUGCUAUACCCUACAGGGGGCCAGGCUGUCCUGCCCCUUGCGGGACCCGGAGGGCCUGCAGCAGUGGCUGGAGGUGGAGCAGUUUAUGAAGAGCCUGUGGCAGUGGCAUGAGGCAGACGUGAACAUUGAGGGAGACAUUGUGCCCGCCAAGGUCCUCCAGGUGUUCCGGAAGCUGGUAGAAAAUGCAGUUGGAACCUGUCAUCUCUCAGGUAAGGUCAGCAUGCUGACACACCACUCUGCAGUUUGGGUUGCCGUGGAAACAGCCACGUGGCAGGUGGAGCUAGAGCUGGUCCCCGCAGUGGAGAUCCCUACUGCCUGGUCUGAGAAAGCUCGGUGGCCUCCCUGUCUGCGGCGCUGGCCUUCCCGACAGAGAGCGGAGUGCAUCAAGUCAUUUGGGUUUGCCUUGCUGGCCCGUUCGCAGUAUCACUGGCAGCUGAGCUUCCUGCAGGCCGAGCAGGUGCUGUUGGAGCAACUGGACGAGGACGGGGGCUGCCGCGGCAGGUGUCUCCAGGCCCUGAGGCAGAUGAAGGAGGACGUCUGGUGUCCGGGAAAGAGGCCGGUCAUCACGUCCCACCAUCUGCAGACCGUGCUCUUUUGGACUUGUGAGAAAUACCCACACUUGAAGGACUGGCGGGUCUUCAGCAAAGCCUUCCUGCGCCUGGUGAGGAAACUGCACAAGUGCGUGAGCCAGCACUUUCUGAGGCACUAUUUCGUGCGAAAGAGCAACCUCCUCCAGUCUGCCAACUCGGGCGACCUGGACGCCGUGGCCCAGAGACUGGCGCUCUUCCUGAAGAACCCCCAGAUCAGCCCGCCCUGAAGCUGCCCCUGCCUGGGAGGCUCUCAGACGUUUUAUCCUGCCUUGACCUCAUUCUCUGUAGGAUCCUGUCCAGGAGAGAAGCAACCUAGGGCACAGGAAAUUACGCGGACCCAGGAGCGCUUAAGAGGGGAAAGCUGCACCCCAAGAUGUCUGACCCAGGCCUCCCUGGAGCCAAGCAAGUGUUCCAGCCCUCACUAGCUACCUCCCUUGGGGACAGCUGUCCUCAGGCUUCCCCAAGCCACUGAUUCUGAGCUGAUGACAGGCAGCACUGAAUGUAUUCUGCCUUGCUCAGGCUCCGACUGCCUGCCCGAGAGGACAGAGACGAGAGCCACUGGAAGGCCAGGUACCAGCCUGCGGCCCAGGAGUGAGUCUCCAGCCCACUGGCCCCGAUUCUUCUUCUUAUUGUCCAUUGGUCAAAUGCAGCUGUGAAUAUACCUUUCUCCGAGCCGGGCUGUCAGCCGGGGGUACUGCGCUGGGGCCCUCAUCAGGGAAAAACACUGGAUCAACAAAGUGUUACUCAUUGGUUGGUAGCCGGCAUUUGCCUCCUGGAUGGGCCCCACCCAACACGCUAACUAAAUGAUUGCGUCUGAUGGCUUGGCACGCCUGUGUGGACCCUGCUGCCCUCCAGUUCUCCUGAACUGUGGUUCCGGGCUUGUGGUUGCGUCCGCUUCCCCGCUGUCCUCCAAGUAGGGAGAAGGUGGUUUCGCUGACUAGUGUGCGUCAAAGAUGAAAGUGCAGCUCUGUUUGCCAGGGGCUCCCCUUGCCUUGCGCCCCGGGGCCGGGUAUUCUUGGAACGGACUUGGUGUCACUCACCUCUCACUACCUGCCUUUGCUCACUUCACUCUGUGGUAACUCUAUGCUCAUCAGGCACCGGGAAUACCGCCAAGAGCGAAACUGACAAAGGACGUGCCUGGUCGGGGGGCGGCGCCUAAUGGAGACAGGAGGUGAAUGACAGAUAACAGACACGAUUAUUACAAAUUGUAGCAAGUUGUCCUGAAGGAAAUAAACAGAAUAUUGAAACAGAGCCACAGAGAGCUCCUGGAAGGAUGAAAAUGCAAACAGCCGAAGGGGAAGGGAAGCAGGGAAGCGGAGCGAGGGCAGGCUGGGAGGGGCUGGAAUAAGUCCGAUCAUGUGGCCUGGUAAAGCUGGUAAGGAAUUUGUUAUUUUAUUCUAAAGUCAAAGCGCCCUGACAUUUGGCCUUUCCCAGAGCAGUAGGGGAUCCUAAUCUGAUUUGCAUUUUGUUUCUUUGUUUAUGACUUGCAUUUGAAAUGCCCAUUCCAGGGGCUGCAUAAAGGGGGCCUAGGGACCCACACAAGAGUCUGAGGCACCGAAGGACAGCAAGCCCCUCAUUUUGAAUUUCACUGACGUCCACAGGGCCACACCCCGUGCAGCACACGAACCGGGAACGCUGAGAGUUUGGGCAGGUCAGCGGUUUCUCCUGGCACUUAUAUAUGCUUCUCAAUUCAAGGGAACCUUUUAUUCCUUAGAACAUUUUCCCCAAGUACGUAACACUGAGAUUUCUUUUUUUUUAAAUUUUAUUUUAUUGUUAUGUUAAUUGUAACACUGAAAUUUCUAAAAGCAUGAACUACUUACUGACUUUUUAAAAGAAAAGGCACAUUUGAAAUUGAAAUAUUUUUACAAAAAUAUUGUAACCAUAUGCUGGGGGCCCUGGGCUAUCACAUAGGAAAUCAUGGUUUUAAAAUGAAAAAAAAAAAAAAGUUUAUAGAAUAAACUUUUAUAGAAUAAGUUUAUAAUUUUUGAAAACAUGAAACAAUGAGCAAACCCAUGUUUUCUUAAGUCAUCAAAGCAUGCAUUCAAAUUCUCACAUUCUAGGGCCUUGGGAAACAUCAUUUUUGAGAAGGUAGCAAAUAAUUUUUUUAAAUGAUGUAAACAACUGAGCAAGGUUAUUUUUUAUUGUUGUU